AUGAGCGAUAAAGAGCCGCUAUUAAAGAAACAUAACAAAUUACUUAAUGAAAAUGAUAAUGAUAAUGAAAACAAAAGUUUUUCUGAGUGGCGUCAAUAUUUCAAACAGCAAAAGACUGAUGCUAAGAAUAAAAAGUUAGACGAUGAGAUCAAGCAUACUACUAAAGAUAUUCCAGUCGGUGUUUUACAAUUGUUUCGAUUUGCUGAUCGUAUUGAUAUUCUUCUUUUAAUUCUUGGUCUGUGUUCGCUGUUGGGGCAUACCAUUGGUAUUCUCGCGAAUUUAACUCUUUUUGGUCGAAUCACGGGAUUAUUUGCCACUACAUCAUUUGCUGUUGAUUGUCAUAAUCAAUAUCAAAAUUUAGAAUAUGGAAUUAUAAAUAAUACUGUAUGUCCUUUUGGUAUUGAUCUUAAUGCAUUAAAUUAUGAUCGAUUACAUAAACUAUGCCAUUAUGAUAAUAAAACUAUUUUAACCACAUUAGCUCCGUUAACGCCUUUAUUUCAUGAUAAUGUUAUGCACUUAGUUUAUUUGUUCUUCGGUUUCAGUAUUUUAACAUUUGUAUGUUCUUUUUUUGAAUAUACGUGUUGGACAAUUGCUACGCAACGACAAACAUCCCGUAUGAGUGUUUUACUCUUUCGAUCACUUAUUCAACGUGUAAGUUAA